AUGACCGGGGGUUUGGUCAAAUAAAAAGUCCCCCUUUUCUUUUGUCGCAAAGAGAGGGAAACUUGAAACAAGGCUGUUUUUUUUUUGGAGUUCCAUCUCCCCUCCCCUCUCCCCCCCCUCUCUCUGCCCAGGCUGAGGAUUUGAUUCAAAGUCGAAAACCAAGAUGGCCGCCGAUUCCGUGCAGGGGGAUGCCAGGGGCCAGCUGGUGUCAGAGCGGCUGGGUCUAGGCCACAACCUGGACCUGUCGGACACCAUGGUUCAGCAGAAGCUGGAUGAGAUCAAGGAGCAGAUCCGCCGCGAGAUCCGCAAGGAGCUGAAGAUCAAAGAAGGAGCAGAGAAUCUGCGCAAGGUAACCACAGACAAAAAGAGCUUGGCCUAUGUGGACAAUAUGCUGAAAAAAUCCAACAAGAAGGUUGAAGAACUACACCAGGAGCUGCAAGAGCUCAAUGCCCACAUCGUUGUCAAAGACCCAGAGGAACUACUAGAAUGCCCUCUGACCCCAGACACUCCUAACAGCGAGGCCAGAAUGUGCACUAGCAGUAGCCGCCUUGCCGCCCUGAAAAAACAGAAUGACAUUGAGCUCAAGGUCAAACAGGGUGCAGAGAACAUGAUUCAGAUGUACUCCAAUGGAUCCUCCAAGGAUCGUAAAUUACUAGCGACAGCCCAGCAAAUGCUUCAGGAUAGCAAGACCAAGAUCGAGUUCAUCAGGAUGCAGAUCCUUAAGGCCAGCCAGGUCAGCGAGUUGAGCUUCGAUAACAACGAUGUCAUGGCCAAGCCCAUCAUCAGUCCACUCGACCUGCGAGUGGAAGAGCUGUGUCACCACGCCAGAAUCGAAUCUGCUGUGGCUGAGGGAGCCAAGAAUGUCAUGAAACUCCUGGGCUCCGGCAAAGUCACAGAAAAGAGAGCACAUUCAGAGGCCCAGGCCCGUUUUAAUGAGUCCAGUCAGAAGCUGGACCUGCUGCGAUACUCCUUGGAGCAGCGCCUCAGCGAGUUGCCCAAAAACCACCCUCGCAGCAGCAGCAUUGUGGAGGAGCUAUCACUCCUUUCCUCACCGGCCUUGAGUCCCAGGUCCAGCAUCAUCUCCACACAGAACCAGUACAGCACUGUGGCAAAGCCAGCCGCUCUCACAGGCACGUUAGACGUCAGGCUCAUGGGCUGUCAGGACCUCCUGGAGAAUGUUCCAGGCCGUUCCAAAGCUGGUUCUAUUCCGCUGCCCGGCUGGAGCCCCAGCGAGACCCGCUCCUCCUUCAUCAGCCGAGCGAACCGAAACAGGGGUGCCAGCGCGCGAAAUCUAACAAAGAGCGAAGAACUCUCCAAUGAGAUCAGUGCAGUGCUGAAGCUGGACAACACAGUAGUCGGCCAGACAAGCUGGAGGCCAGUCAGCAACCAGGCCUGGGACCAGAAGUUUACAUUGGAGCUUGACCGGUCUCGAGAACUGGAGAUCUCUGUGUACUGGCGUGACUGGCGCUCACUGUGUGCUGUUAAAUUCCUGCGCCUGGAGGAUUUCCUGGAUAACCAGCGCCAUGGGAUGUGUCUCUACCUAGAGCCACAGGGAAUGCUCUUUGCUGAGGUGACAUUUUUCAACCCCGUCAUUGAGCGACGGCCCAAGUUGCAAAGACAAAAGAAGAUUUUCUCAAAGCAGCAAGGCAAGACCUUCCUGCGUGCCCCUCAGAUGAACAUCAACAUCGCCACCUGGGGCCGUCUGGUGAGGAGAGCCAUCCCAACAGUCAGCACCAACUCCUUCAGCCCACAGGCAGCCGAAACUGGGCACACCAGCUUGCCUGGUUCACCCACACCCUGCAGUGACCCAUUGGUGACCAAGCUGGAUUUUGACAAAGAGCCCACAACAGGAGCCAAGCUCUACCAAGUGCCCGAUAAUAUCAGAGAACCACUGGCACAGGACAAGAUACCUGACAAAGAGGAAGUACAGGAUGCCCUGGCCUCGUUUGACUUCCUGAACAAGCGGAACAGUAUAGCGGUGAAGUCUGAGCUGGACGGAGUGGUGGAGCAGGGCAUUCAGCCAUCAGACCUGGAGCUCACCGCCAUACAGAAGGACACUGAGAUAAGGGAAGAAGAGCAUUUCCUCUUUAGCCUCCAAGAUUUCAAAUGUGUUGCGGUCCUUGGACGUGGUCACUUUGGAAAGGUGUUAUUGGCAGAGUAUAAAAGCACAGGGGAGAUGUUUGCUAUUAAAGCUCUGAAGAAAGGAGACAUUGUGGCCCGGGACGAAGUGGACAGUUUGAUGUGCGAGAAGCGAAUCUUUGAGACGGUGAACAGCGUUCGCCACCCAUUCCUGGUCAACCUGUUUGCAUGUUUCCAGACCCAGGAGCACGUAUGUUUUGUUAUGGAGUACGCAGCCGGAGGUGACUUGAUGAUGCACAUCCAUGCUGAUGUCUUCUCAGAGCCCAGAGCUAUAUUUUAUGCAGCCUGUGUGGUACUGGGGUUGCAGUUCCUACAUGACCAUAAGAUUGUGUACAGAGAUUUGAAGCUGGAUAACCUGCUGUUGGACACUGAGGGCUAUGUAAAGAUUGCUGAUUUUGGCCUUUGCAAAGAAGGAAUGGGAUUCAAGGACCGCACCAGUACAUUUUGUGGCACACCAGAGUUCCUGGCCCCUGAGGUUUUGACCGAUACGUCGUAUACUCGUGCUGUGGACUGGUGGGGGCUGGGCGUCCUCAUCUUUGAGAUGCUGGUUGGAGAAUCUCCAUUCCCCGGGGAUGACGAGGAGGAGGUGUUUGACAGUAUCGUCAACGAUGAAGUGCGCUACCCACGGUUCCUCUCGACCGAGGCCAUCUCCAUCAUGAGGAGGCUUUUAAGGAGGAGCCCAGAGCGACGGCUGGGGGCAGGAGAGAGGGAUGCAGAGGAAGUCAAAAAACAUUUAUUCUUCAGGAACAUGGAUUGGAAUGGACUGCUGGCCAAAAAGGUGAAACCGCUGUUUGUACCGACUAUCCAGGGAGCCAAUGACGUCAGCAACUUUGACGAUGAAUUUACCUCAGAGGCGCCGAUCCUGACCCCACCCAGGGAACCUCGAGUGCUGAACUCCGAGGAGCAGAACAUGUUCUCUGACUUUGACUACAUCGCUGACUGGUGUUAGCUCCCCCUCUUAUCUCACACAAGCCCAUUACUCACAUACACACACACACACACACACACACACACACACACACACACACACACACACAC